AUGCAAGCUAAAGAGCUCUUUCAAAAAGCUUCAAUCAUUGAGGGGUUCUCGGCCGGUGGAAAAUCGUGUAAUAUAAAGGAGCACGCCAGAGAGCUUUGCGAACUGAUCGACUUCUGCAUUCACGAAAUUCACAGUUCCACAAGAGUGGUACAUGUAAGUGAGUAA